CCGUUUUCCAUGUUUCUUCCCACCGCUGGGCCCAUCUCUCACUCCAUUUGCAUUCACACUCGUCUUUCUUGAGUUCCUUCUCUUCUUCCUUCGCCAACCCUUUCGCCUGAAUCUCACCGCUCCGGAGGAAAUUCAAUUCACUUGCUUAUGCUGUUCUUGAUUUUCAGAUAUACCGUAGAAGUGAUUCGAAGCCGGAUGUAACAUAAAGAUUCAUUCUUCGAGCAAACUGAAGGUAAAAUGAAGAUAAAGAAGGCAUUUUUGAAUCUGGGUGUGCUUGAAUUGGUUCGACGUGCUGGUACAUGUGGAAAUUCUUGAUCUUUUCCGUACGUUUGAGGUUGGAUUAACUGGAUAUAGUGAAGAGAGAAAGAGCGGUGGAGUUGCAAAUGCAGAAUCUUUCUUCAGAUUCAACUCCCUCGUCAAGGGACUUGUUGCAGAGGUUCAUGGAAGAAGCCAGAGUAACUGGUGGUGAGUCGGAGAAGGGGAAAGAGGAGGCGAAAAUCGAAUUGAAUCUCGGCCUUUCUUUGGGUGGGAGAUUCGGGGUGGAAAAGAAUCCCAUGAAUCUCGCCAGGUCUUCUUCUAUAGCCGCAUUCUUGCCGAGCGUGAAACAAGACGCGCCGCCGGAGGCAGCGUCUAGUCCUAGAUUGGGGAGGACAUCUUCCCUGCCGGUGGAGACGGAGGAGGACUGGAGGAAGAGGAAGGAGUUGCAGAGUUUGAGGAGAAUGCAGGCUAAGAGGAGGAGGUCGGAGAAGGAGAAGCAGAAGAAUUCACGGGGAGAGAAAGAUUCCGUCAUGGAAGAUGAGAAGAAAGAUAUCGAGAAGAAUCUCAAAGGGAAAAUCAAGAGAGAACAGUACGUGACCGCAGCUAAGCGGUUUGGGUUAUCUGCCCCGCCACAGCCCGGGCGUCCGACUUGGGUGGCGGCCGCGGCGGGUCAGGCGGCUUUUGGCGGCGGGUGUGGUAGGGGUGGACUGAAAGGGAAAAGAGGCGAUUCAACCAAUCUCAGUAAGGCCGUACAACCUUUAUCACAAGGGUCUGUUGAAUCUCAAGGAGGUAGUUCUUCAAGCAUGUCUGAGUUUGAAAGUAAAUCUCUUCAAGGGCCUCGCGAGCUUAGCCCUGGCAGUUUGCAGUCAAAAGAUGUCAAUUGUUCGGGCGUUAAGGCAAUGAAUCUUGGAAGUAGGCCAGGAACCGAGACGGAAAGCUCAUCUGCCAAACCAGAGAGUGCAAGUGAUAAGGCAAAGAAAACUGUAGGCCUGGAGGAGAUGCCGUGCGUGUUCACCAAAGGAGACGGUCCCAACGGGAGAAGAGUGGACGGGAUACUGUAUAAGUAUGGUAAAGGGCAAGAAGUGAGGAUAAUGUGUGUUUGCCAUGGAAGCUUCCUCUCCCCGGCUGAGUUCGUGAGGCACGCGGGCGGGACCGAUGUGUCUCACCCGCUCAAGCAGAUCGUCGUCAACCCCAACUCCUCGCAGUUCACCUAGUAUGACAAUUUGAGAUACUAGUUUUGUUUAUCUCAAGUUUCUCUUUUCUUUAUGCUGAAAUUUUAUGUUACAAAAUAUUUUCUUUGUAGGUUAUUUCAUGUGGGGAGAAAAUAGAUUUCUUUUAUUUUUCAUUUUCCCUUUUUUCUUCAGGAACUUGUAUGUAUUACAAAUGUUCAUGUUGGAGUUCUAAGUUAAAGUUAUGAAAGAGAGUAUAAG